AUGACGUGGAAUUCAAGCUUCUUAAUCCUCCUGGUCUCUCUGUAUCUCAUGGACUUCUCUACUGCUAAAACUCCAUGCAAGACAGAAGUAAGCGUACCUGGCAUGGCUCUCAAAGGAUUCGUCUUUAAAAAGGUCCCAGUAACAGCUCCUCAUAUGUGCGAUAUCACUUGCGAGAAGGAUACGAUAUGUCAAAGCUACCAUUACAUAAUUGGGGAAAAGUCCUGUGAAUUGAACACCCGAACUAAGGAAGCAAGGCCCGAGAAUUUCCAGCCAGAUGAUUUACGCUUUUACAUGGGACGCGUUGGCGGUAGAACCCCCUUAGGAUCUAUUCCUGAAUUACCAGCGUCAUCGUGCCAAGAGAUAAAAUUAAGUGAAGGUGAAGACAGCAUCAGUAAAAAGUAUUGGUUGGAUCCAGCUAAUGCCGGGAGUUCAAAGUUGGUUUAUUGCGACAUGAACUUGGGAGACAUCGAUGAUUGCAAAGGCAUCAAUAACGUUUGUGACAAAAAUGCAAACUGCUCCAAUACUGUUGGAUUCUAUAAUUGCACUUGCAAAGAAGGAUUUACUGGGGAUGGACACUCGUGCUCAGCCGAUCCUUGCUAUGAUUAUAAAGACCUGAGUGAUGCCAAUAGAAAGAUAAGUUACUUAACAAGUCACGGUUCAGAAUUGUGCGACAACCAACUCCCUGAGGGAUGGUAUCGUUUUGUGGGAGCUGCAGGAACCAAAAUGCCAACAACACGUGUGCCAGCAAACAGAUGUGGUACACAAUGGCCAGGCUGGUUGGAUGGUACUCAUCCUGCAGUGGAAGAUGGUGAAGUUGUUAGGAAGGUCUGCUUUACUGCUGAUCGUUCGUCUGGUUGUAAAGCCACGAAGACUACUUCUGUGAAAAACUGUGGAUCCUACUUCAUCUACAAACUUCAACAGCCAAGUUAUUGUAACUAUCGCUACUGUGGUACAGACUGA